CUGUCGCCAACAGAGAGUGCUGUCGCCAACGGAGAGUUUCCGCCGCAGAAAUGGAUGACUACCCAGCAAAUUCCAAAGCCCAGCUCGCUCUGGAGGACGAUGUGGCUACCAAGACCCCCAGCAGAAUCCCUCUCAUUUUGGCGGGAAUAUUCGCAGCGGCCACCAUUGCCUUGACUGCCACUACAGUUGUGUUCGUCCUGCAGAAGAACAACAUCGCUAAUGAAUUGGACGAGUUGAAGGCCACCAGUAAACCAACUCAACCUGUCCCGCUCUGCACCACAAAGCAGUGCUACGACUCGGCUUACGUUUACUUGAGCAGUAUGGAUCCCAGCAAGAAUCCCUGUGAAAAUUUCUUCGAAUAUGCUUGCGGAGGCUGGAUGGAACGGUACACGGUUCCAGACGACCAAACCAGCAUCUCUGCCUUCACUUUACUCAGAGACGAUCUGACAGACAAGCUGAAAGCUCUGUUUGAACAAAGCCCGACUGCUGGUGAGCCUGAUUCGUUUCACAUUGUGAGGAAUGACUACCAGUCUUGUGAGGACAUGGACACCAUCAACGAACUUGGGGCCAAGCCUCUGACUGACCUGCUGACGUCUCUUGGCGGUUGGCCAGUCCUCGGUGACAACCCGGCGGGUGGGAACUGGGACCAGGCCGCUUUCGACUUUGAGAAGCUGUGGGCUGACAUCAAGGGCAAAUACGGCGUAGAAAUGAUCGUUGCCUCAGACGUAUAUCCCGAUCCGGAUAAUAGAGCCAAGUACAAGUUGGAUGCGUAUACACCAAAUUUCUUGGUUCCAAGGACAGAGAUCGAAAACAAACAUUUGCGAGGAGUCAAGACUUUGAUUGACGAACGCAACGAUCCUGAAGACUACGGGGUGAAGAUACUCUUGGAGGAGAAGUAUUCCAAAGAGAGGCAAGCCUACUUUCAGUACCUGAUCGACAUUGCUGUGGCGCUUGGGGCGAGCGAAGCGGUCGCAACACAAGACAUGACCGACCUCAUCGAGUUUGAAUCAGCUAUGGCAAAUUUGACUGUUGAACAUCCAGACACGUUUCUAGGCUGGGUCGGAGUCACUCUCAAGGAAAUUGGAAUGGAUGAGAUUGACUGGGUGCGUUUUUACAAUCUGAUGUUGCCAGCAAGUGUCAACCCACGCGUUACUGACAACGAACCCAUCGUAAACUACAACCCUAACUACAUUUCUAACGUCACAAUGUGGCUCAAAGAUCAAAGCAAAAGAGUCAAGGCCAACUACAUGAUAUGGCGGCUUGUCAGCCAAAUGGUGCCCUUCAUGAACGAGACGUUCCUGGCCAUCAGGCAGAAAUACCUGGAGAGUGUUUACGGUGCCAUUUCUCCAACAACCCGCUGGAAGACGUGCGUCUCCAACGCCAAAGACCAGUACGAGUUCAUCAGCGGCAGGAUGUACGUGGAUGAACACUUCCCAGAAGAUGCCAAGCAGAAAACCCUAGACAUGAUACGCAAUCUGCAGACGGCUUUCAAGUCCAUGCUGACCACAAAUGACUGGCUCCAAGAGGAAGAUAAGCCCAAAGCUGCCAGAAAGGCGGAUGCAAUGGUUAUUGAAAUUGGCUACCCGGAGUGGAUAAAAGACAACGCUAAACUUGACGCGGAGUACGCCGAUCUAACUGCCAAGAACAAGGAAUAUUUCCAAAACAGAUUGAGGUACCGUGAGUGGAUCUCUCAGGCCGAGCUGGCACUCUUACGUGAGGAUGUGGAAAUUGAAAACUCACUUGUUUCCGGCAGCUAUCCUCCAACCACCUUUCUACCAUAAGGAUCUUCCCUGGUAUUCCAAUUACGGAGGUAUUGGUGUGGUCAUAGGACACGAAAUAACGCACGGUUUUGAUAACAACGCUAAACGGAGAGCAAACGCAAGGUGAAAACAUCGCUGACAACGGAGGUCUCAG